AUGGCAGCCGCCGAAACCCUAGCAGAAGCCCUUCCCACCAUGGCUCUAGCCACCAAAUCCAUCCACGCAGACGAUUGCUUCAGCGCGCACCGCGCCAUCGCUCCAGCAAUGCAUGUGGCAGUCACAUACCGCUAUGCGCGCUCCCCGAAUAACCUCAUCCCACUGGAGAACAAAGAUCCCAACGCCCCCUUCGACUCCCACGUCUACGCACGCUACGACGCCCCCAACUCCAGCCGCUUCGAGACCGUCCUCCAACAACACCUCGGCGGCGGUAUCCUCACCUACGCCACUGGUCUCGCCGCCUUCCACGCCAUCAUGGUCCUCCUGAACCCCAAGCGCGUCUUCCUCGCCGACGGCUACCACGGAGUCCACGCCAUCAUCGAAGUAAUGAACAAGUUGACAGGCGUCCAAAAGCUUACUCUCGACCAACUCGACGAACACCUCCGUCCCGGCGACAUCAUCCACAUCGAAACGCCACUCAACCCCACCGGCGAGGCACGGGAUCUAGCCUACUACAGUGCCAAAGCACACGCAGCAGGCGCAUACCUCACAGUGGACUCUACGCUCGCACCACCACCCCUUCAAGACCCACUGCACUUCGGCGCCGACGUGGUCCUGCACAGCGGAACGAAGUAUAUCGGGGGCCACUCGGACAUGAUGUGUGGGAUUCUGGUCGUACACCCAGAUCGCGUCGCACAAGGGUGGCUCGAUACACUCUACUCCGAACGAAUGGUCCUCGGCAGCGUAAUGGGGAGCUUAGAGGGGUGGUUGGGAUUACGGUCACUACGCACGUUGGAAUUGAGAGUCAAGCGACAGUCAAGCACGGCGGAGAAGCUGGUAGCGUGGCUGGACGCGGAACUGCAGAGUUCAGAAUCAGCGGUGGGACGAGUCAUUAGCCACGUGCGACAUGCCUCCCUACAGAAGGAAGAUGCCGCGUGGUUACAGAAACAAAUGCCCGGGGGAUAUGGCCCGCGAUUACCCAGCAAGAUGGUCAUCUUUCAACAUGCGACUAGCCUAGGGGAUGUGGAGAGUUUGAUUGAGUGGAGAGCGAUGAGUGAUUCGAGGUGUGAUCCUUGUCUAUUGAGGGUGAGUUGUGGGUUAGAGGACGUGGAGGAUUUGAAGGGGGAUGUGAGGCGGGCGUGUGAGGCGUUGGUCUAG